GCCGCUGGUCGCCAUGAGCCGGUUCGGGGGUCGGUUACGCGAGUACCCUGCCGUGUCCAUCGACCGCUUCGACCGCCACAACCUGCGCGCCCGCGCCUACUUCCUCUCGCACUGCCACAAGGAUCACAUGAAGGGGCUGCGGGCGCCCGCCCUGAAGAGGAGGCUGGAGGGCAGUUUGAAAGUGAAAUUGUACUGCUCACCAGUAACUAAGGAAUUGCUGUUGACUAACUGGAAGUACAAAUUUUGGGAGAAUCACAUUGUUGCACUAGAAGUUGAAACUCCAACUCAGAUUUCUUUAGCAGAUGAAACAUCCCGUGAGAAAGAAGAUAUAGAGGUGACACUUCUACCAGCUGGUCACUGUCCAGGAUCAGUCAUGUUUUUGUUUGAAGGUGAAAAUGGCACUGUGCUCUAUACGGGGGAUUUCAGGCUUGCAAAAGGUGAAGCAGCCAGAAUGGAGCUUUUGCAUUCAGGGUCCAGAGUAAAAGACAUCCAGAGUGUGUAUUUGGACACCACUUUUUGUGAUCCCAAAUUUUAUCAUAUACCAAGCAGGGAGGAAUGUUUAAAGGGGAUCUUGGAGCUGGUGCGAAGCUGGACCUCACUGUCUCGCUAUCACGUUGUGUGGCUGAACUGCAAAGCUGCUUAUGGAUAUGAAUAUUUAUUCAUAAACCUCAGUGAGGAGCUUGGAAUUAAGGUGCACGUGAACAAACUCGGUAUGUUCAGAAACAUGCCAGAAAUCCUCUACCAUGUCACUACAGAUCGGCACACUCAAAUUCAUGCCUGUCGACAUCCUCGGGAUGACGACUGCGUUCGAGGGAACAGGCUGCCCUGUGGGAUAACUUGCCAAAAUGGAACUCCCUUGCAUGUAAUCACUAUCAAGCCCUCCACAAUGUGGUUUGGGGAAAGGAUCAAGAAGACCAGUGUAAUAGUGAGGACUGGAGAGAGUACAUACAGAGCUUGUUUCUCUUUCCACUCAUCAUACAGUGAGAUUAAGGAUUUCCUGAGCUAUAUCUGUCCUGUGAAUGUCUAUCCCAACGUACUGCCAGUGGGUGGGACAGAAGACACAGUGAUGGAAAUAUUGAAGCCCUUAUGCAGGUCAUACAGGAGAAACAUGGAACCCAGGUACAAACCCCUAGGAAUGCUGAAGAGAGUCCAUAACAGAGACUUAUCUGAUACAGAUGAAGAUGAUCUCUUUGAUUCAGAACUAACUCCUGCAAGGCCCAAAAUUCCAAAACAGGAGAGAGAAGUGAGCAGACCCUCCAGCAUAGUACAAUCUGAAAAUGCUGAAGUAAACACUGAGAGCACAGAAAGUUCCAAAGCAACAACUUACACCUUGCUCAAGGCAGACUUCAUGGACUGUGAAGAAUCAAAUGAUGAUGAUGAUGAAGACGAAGAAUUGGAAAAAAGUACAGUUCCAUUUCUUUCCCAUGAACCAGAUGCAACUUGCACGUCAAAUUUCAAUGGGGCAGCUAAUGACCAGCAGCAGUCUAAUGCCAGUGUUCCUCGCUGGGAUGCUUUUUUCAGGUGUAACAAACUAGAAGAAAGCUCUGAAAGUGAGGACAACUUCCCAUCUUCAGCAGAUGCUGGUGGUUCCCAGUCACUCUUCAGUGAUUCCGAUGGAGUAAGUGACUCAACACACAUCUCCUCCCAAAACUCUUCUCAGUCAACACACAUAUCAGAGCAGGGGAGCCAGGGCUGGGACAGCCAGAUGGACACGGUGCUCAUUACUUCCCAAGAGAGAAAUGCUUUGGACUUCGGCAAAGGUGGGAGAAGAACAGUUGCUUCUGUAUCUCAGGAGACUGUCAAAGACACUCAACCUGAUACCAGUAAGUGGAAGCCACUGGGUCAAAAUCACUCAUGUGCCUCUGAUGUUUUCUGUGACUCGAAGAACAAAGACUGUGAGAAAAACAAAGGAGCUGGCACAGCUGAUGAUGAUGUGUUAGAAAUAAGUGACAGCUCCAAGACUCCUGAUCUGGAACUGAGGAGAGACUCCCAGAGCUCCUCUGACUUCGAAAUUCCCUUAACUCCUGGUGCAGAGGCACCUCAGCCAGAUAAACUGCACUCCUUGUAUAAGCAGCUAGCAGCAGGUGAAAAUAUAAUGAAGAAAAAGCCUCCUGAAGAGAGGUGGAACUGAUUCUACCACAGAGAAAUACUGAAGCUGAUUAUUAACCUCCAACUUAAUUUUCUCUUUAGUGCUGAUUACUAUCUGCAGCUGUGCUAAUGAACACAGUUUCUUUUCAGAAAUAUCUUCCUGUCAGAACUAGGAAUUUGCAGCCUGUGCAGCCUUAUUGUUCCUUCUGUGAAAUACUGACAAGGAAGUAUUUCUAGGCAGGAACUGUAAAAACCUUCUAUCUCCCAAGGUUCAGUUCUCCAGGACUGUAAGUAGACAAAAACUAAGGACAGGACACUAAAUGAAAUUUAGUGUUUCUCUUUUUUUAUCAUGAGCUCUAAGAGUUUGCUUUUAUAAAUACAUGAUCUCAGGCUUGAAUAAAAUACCACAGCUUUAACUGUGGGGAGGAAUAGCAUACCAUCCAGGAACAACUAUGCAAACAAUGCAACACUUACACUUCUGAUUUUUCACUGCAGUUAUUGUUAAAAACGACUGCAGAACAGAUCAGAAAAUUUUAAUAAUGCUUUUUUAAAUCAAAUUAUUCUUUUCAAGGAGUCUCUCUUUACACUACGUGUAGCCACCUAAUUUUAACUCCUGAAUGAGGUGCUAUGCACCACUGUCUAUGCUUUAAAUCUAUCUUGUUGCAAACAGCUUGUCAGCAGCUCUUCUGUGUUUUGGUCUGUUCUGAAUUGGUUUUCAGAACAACUUAAAAUCCUGUGGCAUGUGGCUUCAGAGCCACCACCAAGUCUACUCUGGAUGCAGGCUUGUAGCAAACAGAAGCUAACUUUGUUAUCCUGGGCAGGUUGUUUUAUUACUCUCUAAGAGCAACAAAUGUCACUUCCUCUGCCACAUUCUGGUGACUUAGUGAAUUCAGACAUGCUUAGGUAUCCUAAGAUAACAGAAUCUCCAUCUAUGUGUGCCAUCAUAACUAACUCUUUGCCAAAAUUCUUAGCUUCUAAAAUGGAAAUUUACCAAACUCUGACCUAAAACUGCAGUGCCUCAGCAGCAGUCAUUAAAAAUUUGUGAGGCUUCCUCUGCAUAUGGUCUUAAGUCUCAAAGACUUAAGCAGACCUUUGGUGUGACUGAAUGUGCAUUCAGUCUUUCUGCCACCUUUAGCAACCUGUGGUGUUAAACCAGCCAACUUUGGAAACAGCAGCAAGAGGGGAAAAAAAAAGACAUAUUGCUGUCAUCUCUGUGUGGUUUUAAGGAUACUCAAAUCCAUGUAUUUCUCCACUGUCACCUAGCAUUUGUUACAUCACAUUUGAAAGCUGCUGUCAGCUUUGGGUUUUUUUUUCAGCAAGGCUGACACUGUUGUAACUACCUCUGUGAAUAAAGUCCUAGAGAGCAGAA